AUGUCUCAGGAGCAGCCGCGGCGGGAGGAGAUGGAGGGGCAGGCCAAGGAGCAGUUUUCAACAGAACCAACGCAGGCAGCAGCAACUGGCGCUCCCGGCUACGCAGGAGGUGGAACAGCCGUCUCUGCACCCGGUUACGCCGGCGGUGGUUACGUGGCAACGGCAACAGGCCCAGGCUUUACCUGCACGGCCCAGGAAUUCCCCACUGCAGGGGGAGGUGCGACGGGAGUGGCUGCUGUGACUGAUACCGAGGGGAGGACGAUUUACUACUCUACCACUAUGCAGCCCAUGGGUGUGACGGGGCCGGGUGUGACUGAAACGGGCGUGACUGCAACGGGAGUGCCUGCAACGGGAGGUGGUGGUGCUAUGGGUGGAGGUAUGGGUGGUGGUACUGCCACUGGUGUGCCUGCUGCAGGUGGGGGUGGGAUGGGGGAGAUGGGAAAGGGGACGGACACGAGUGCUAUGGGGGCUGGGAUUGGUGGGGAGAGCCUGGGAACCACUGGGACGGGGGAAGGGGAAACGGCUGGGGGGGAAGCGGGAGGGAUGGGCACAACGGGGGGAGGGGAUACUGAGAUGGCGGCUGGAGAUGUGGGGGGAGAGAGCAUUGGUGCCAGGGGUAUUGGUGAACCUGCUGGCGAGGAGAAGAGCACAGCUACUGGUGCUACCCCCGAAGGGGGUAUGAGGAGGACUGCUAGGGGUGAUGUGACUGCUGGGGGUGAUGCUGGUCAGGCGAAGGAGGCUGGUGCUGCUGCUGCUGGCGGGGAGACGGGAGGGGCUGGGACCGGUGGGGAGGGGUUCAUGGGGCGAGAGUCCGAGGCCAAGUCUAUGGAAGGGGAAGGAGGUAUUGGCUCAGCUUAA